CCUCUCUCUCUCUCUCUCUGUGUCUCACACACACAGAGCCGUACUAAGAGAAAGAGAAAGAAAAAAAAAAUCUGUGUUGUUGUUGUUAAUCUUUAGAAAUGUUUGUUUUUAGUUUUGAGAAGUAGUAAUACUAAUAAUAUUAUUAUUAUUUGGGUUUGCUUUGGUGGGUUGGUUUCAUUGUUUGUGAUUGUUGUUGUUGAUGUUAUAAACAAGGACACUCAAUCUCUUGCUUCGUUUCAGCAAAUAGAAGAAGGGAAGCAAGGAAAAGAUUGCUGCUUUCUUCUCUUGCAGAAGAUCCUAUUUCCAUUCUUCUCCGAUUCCUAUCAUGAUUUGACUGCAACAAAGGAUGGGGGAUCACUUUGUAUUAUUGAUGGAUCGGUUACUCACUGAAUCUACUCUUGAAGCUGCUAUUGAGAGUGAAAAACUGUUGCAGCAAGCCAUGCCCUCAGCAAGCAAAGAUUAUUCAAGUUCUUCCCACAGGAUCGAUUUCAAAACCAGUUUAUCUCCAAGUAAAUUGGUAGAGUGUAAGAUUUGCCAUGAUGAGGAUGAAGAGUCAAACAUGGAGACACCCUGUUCUUGCUGUGGUAGCUUGAAGUAUGCUCACCGUAAAUGUGUACAAAGAUGGUGCAAUGAGAAGGGAGACACUACCUGUGAGAUCUGCCUCCAGCAAUUUAAGCCGGGUUAUGCAGCACCUCCUCCGUUUCACUAUGCUGGUAGUCCAAUCAACUUCAGGGGAAAUUGGGAGAUUUCCAGAAGGGACCUGAACAACCCUCAAUUUAUAGCUAUGGUUGCUACUGAUCGUGAAUUUCUGGACAAUGACUUUGAUGAGUAUUCAUCUCCCACUUCAAGGAGCCUAAUAUGCUGCCGUUUAGUUGCUAUAAUUUUUUUGGUUCUUCUGGUUUUACGUCAUAGUCUACCGAUCAUAAUCAGUGGAGCUGGAGAAUACUCAUUAACAUUGUUCACGUUACUCAUGUUGAGGACCAUUGGGAUUCUUUUGCCAAUCUACAUCAUGGUUAGAGCAUUCACUGCCAUCCAGCGUCGAAGAAACCUUCAGGAUCCUCAUUUCUCCCUUGCCACGUCAGAUGAGGAAAACAACUUACCACAGUAUCAAUCACGUGUUAUUCAUGUUCUGUAACUCUGCAGCUACCUAUCUUGCCUGAACAAAUCCAGAAGCACUCGUGCAUACGGAAACAUUUGCUUUGUGGGGUGUACCAAAAAGGAUAUCCACAUUCAGAUUUAUAAAGCCAGGCUGAAGAUAGUUGUAACCGCAGAAGCUCUAAUCCUUGGUGCAAUAGUGCCACCUUUACCUAAUAUUCAAGACGCAUCCUUAGAUCCUAGAUCAAAAUAUAAAAGAAAAAUCCAUCUUAUAGCAAUGUUUAUAUUAUACAGUAUAGUUAGCAGGAAAGCCAACUGUAUAUGAUAGUGCUGCUUGCAGAAAAUGAGAAGCCAAAAUUAAAGUUGAGUAUAAUGUUCAAAAAAGAUGGUAAAAUUAUUAAAUGAUUAAUACUAGCAUGUGGGAGUGCUAGUAAACUUCACACA